AUGUCAACCUCAACUUCGGGCCCUGAUUCCAGGCCCAUCUUCUUCUUUGAUAUUGACAACUGUCUUUACUCCAGAGAAUGCAAUAUCCACGAUGAGAUGCAAAAGUUGAUCAAUCAAUUCUUCCGAAAACACCUUUCCCUCUCCGCCGACGACGCUCAUAUGCUACACAUGAAGUACUACAAAGAAUACGGUCUUGCUAUUGAAGGUCUCACCCGCCACCAUAAGAUCGACCCCCUCGAAUUUAACCGCGAAGUCGACGAUGCACUGCCUUUGGAUACGAUCUUGAAACCGAACCCGGGACUGCGGAAGUUACUCAAGGAUAUCGACCGCAGCAAAGUCAGGCUGUGGCUGUUGACGAACGCAUACGUCAAUCACGCCAAGCGGGUAGUUAAACUUCUGGAGGUGGAGGAUCUGUUUGAUGGCGUCACAUACUGUGACUAUGGACAGCUGCCUUUGAUUUGCAAGCCGAACCAGGCGAUGUACGAAAGAGCGGAGAAAGAGGCCGGGGCGUCGCCAGGGCAAAAGUCCUACUUCGUCGAUGACUCGCACCUGAACUGCGUACAUGCUGCGAAGCGCGGUUGGGUCACCGCCCACCUUGUCGAACCCAGUCUCCCCCUGCCUCCCACCCCAGCAUCACAAUAUGUGAUCCGGGACCUGGAGGAGCUGAGAACAUGCUUUCCGGAGGUAUUCAAGUGUUCAUAG